AUGUCAACCGUAACCCCAGAGGGCAUACCAGAUCUCACUGGAACCUGGGUAUUUAACCGAAAACUAUCUGAUGAUCCAGAUGAGGUCUUUGCUUUGCAAGGAGUGCAUUGGGUGAUCCGUAAGGCGUUGCGUCACGCUCGGCUUUCAUUGGAACUUUGCCAGACGACUGUUACGGUUGAGGGGGUCAGCAAAGACGACGACCACAACGGAGUGAGAACAGCACCAGAAAGCCUCAAAGCCGUCACAACUCUUCAAGUAAAGCAAAUUGUCAACCCCGGUGGGUUUGACAGCCAGGGGUCUUACACCGUGGAUGGUAGCACGCAAGAUCUAUCGGUGCCAGUUUUCGGGGACAUUCGAACGCAGCUGAGCUUCAUAGAGAUAGGAGAAAUUGAGGAACAAUCAAUUCGACGAGGAUUCGAGAUCUCCGGCUACAAAGGGAAGGUUAUUCAAGAGCUAGCCAGCGACAACUCGAAGGCAGCAGCUCGCAGCAACACGAAGGAAUGGGAAGCGGAAGUUAUUUGGGCAUUUGAAAUCAUUGAGGGGAAAGAACAUCUGACUCGAAAUGUGAGCAUGGCAGGCAACGAGAAGAAGAUCAUUGCGAGGAUGGUGUACGAUAGACAAGAUUGA